AUGAAUAAAAUUAUAGUGUGUCUUCUAUUCAGCGUUUUUUCAAGGUUAUUCGCCGAUAUCGCAUCAACGCCCGCAUCCGGUCAUAGUAAACAUUGGGAUUAUGAACGUAAUGGUCCCGAUACAUGGCUACAUAAAUUUGACCAUUGCAAAGGUAAAUCACAAUCUCCUAUUGAUAUUCAAACGAGUCAAGUCCGCUAUGAUUCUAAAUUGGAUAAUCUCAAUCUUACUGGAUAUACAAAUAUAAAUACCACUUGGAAUAUAACGCACAAUGGUCAUACCAUUGUCGUUACACCUUCAAAAAGAACGAAAAUAUCUAUGAGUGGUGCAAAAUUAAUGGAUGUAUUUAAUCUUCUUCACUUUCAUAUACAUUGGGGUCUAAAUGUGUAUCAAGGUUCAGAACAUACUAUUGAUGGACAAAAAUAUCCAUUAGAAAUUCAUUUUGUUCAUAAUACAACAUCGAAUUCUCGCUUAGCUGCACUAGGUGUUUUAUACAAAUUAGAACCUACUGAUAAUGUUCAACUAAAUGAUUUUUUAGACAUAAUUAGUAAAAUACUAAAUGAAACAACAAUGAUCGAACAACAAGUGAUUGACAUAUCAAAAUUAUUACCACCAAGAAAUAAGACGAAUAGUUUAAGAUUCUAUCGUUACAACGGAUCAUUAACAACACCACCGUGUAACGAAGCUGUUACAUGGACAUUACUGGAAUAUCCGGUACCUAUCUCGGCCCGUCAAUUACAAGUGUUUCAACACAAUUCGGUUCGAUGGAAUUUUCGUCCAAUACAAAAACUGCAUACACGUCAUGUCAUAGCAAAUUUUAAACCAGAAUCAGUUAACAAUGAAGAUAAACAUUGUGCGUGUGAAACAAAAAACAACGGAAUAAAAUUGAAUUAUACCAUCAUGUUUUUACUCGCAUCAUUAUUUAUUAACUUUCUUAAUGUGUAA